UCACAGGAGCCUCAGUGGACAUGAGUGUGUGAUAAAGUCAGGAGACUCAUAAAGUACCUAAAGAAGAAAAGAAGAAGAUAUUUGCUGCUUGACUUACUUUGCUGAGCACAGGGAGACAACUUUGGAGCUCUUUCUCCUCCCAUCCAGGCCAGUUAGGUGUCCAGCAUGUCACUGGAGGUGAAGGAAAAGACACAGGUGCGUCUAGUGUUCUUGGGGGCUGCAGGGGUGGGAAAGACCGCCCUCAUCCACCGCUUCCUGCAGGACACGUUUGAGCCCAAACACCGGCGCACGGUGGAGGAGCUGCACAGCAAGGAGUACGACAUCAGCGGGGUCAAGGUCACCGUGGAGAUCCUGGACACGAGUGGCAGCUACUCCUUCCCGGCUAUGCGCAAGCUCUCCAUCCAGAACAGCGAUGCCUUCGCGCUGGUCUACGCUGUGGACGACCCUGAGUCUCUUGAGGCGGUCAAAAGCCUUCGAGAUGAGAUCCUGGAGAUCAAGGAGGACAAGUACACGCCCAUCGUGGUGGUGGGCAACAAGAUGGACCGUGAGCAAGAGCGGCAGGUGUCCAGUGAGGACGUUCUGUCCACAGUGGAGAUGGACUGGAACAACAGCUACCUGGAGGCCUCGGCGAAGGACAACACCAACGUGGUGGAGGUGUUCAAAGAGCUCCUGCAGCAAACCAACCUGCCCAGCCGCCUCAGCCCUGCCCUGCGCCGACGCAGGGAGACCUUUCCUAAAGACACCAGCUUCAGGCCCCCUAUGAACAAGACCAACAGCUGCAUUCUGUCAUAACAACACCUGCUAACUUUCAUGGUGGGACAAAGAUAAAGAGUUGGGAGUGGGUGUCAAGUGAGGAAAACGCUGAUUGAUCUCCAACAAAACACCAGACACUUGAGGCUUCUUGACACAGAACUGAAGGAUGGAAGAGGGCUGCAUAAAUAUGAAAGACGCAUUAAUUAUUUCUCAGUUGUUUACUUGAUUUGUCGUGUUGUUUGCUGCUUACUUGGUGACAUUAUGCUUCUGCUGUUGAGAUCAAUGUAAGGCUUUAGAUGUCACGUGCAUCAAGUUUUCUGUGGGAAUUACAUACGUGUGCAAAUAUAUUCACACUUCUAUCUUUUCUGUACAGUCUUUUUUUGUGGCACAUCAUGUUUACAUCUAUUUGUAUAUUCAGCCCCACUGAUUGUGCGUAAGUGACAUCCGUCUGGUAAAUCUCAUUCAAAUUGUAACUUAUCUGAAUUAUUGUUUUUCUAUAAUGUUGUUUUUUUAAACAUCUCACACAAUAUUGUUGUGCUGUUUCAUUUAAGCAAAUGUGAGUGGAUUGUGAAUCGAAAUAUGUAAUAAAAAUGUAUAAACUAAUCUAAAAUGU